AUGAAGAGUAGCAAGCUUUUCCUAGCAUCAAGUUUUUGGCCAUUCUACACAGGAUAUGCAAGGCCCCUCAGAAUUUCUACUACCCCAGAAUACUAUUGCCUUUUGCAAUAUUGCCUUGUCCAACAUUCAGACCAUCCUUUCACAGAAGCCAUGGAAAACUUCAAUAAUUCUCAAAUGCUAAAGCUCUCUUUUAUAGCUACACUCCUCAUUGCACCUCUUUUAUCCCCAUCACUAAGGCCUGCAUAUAUCUACUUUGUUGUCAAUCUUCUCAUUAUCGUCCUUGGAGCCGAAGCUGGCCUUCUAUCUUUCUUCUCCAAAGCGACAGAUGACAAGAAACACGCUGUCGUGAUCGCACAAAAACCUGUGGUUGCAUCAGAGGUUUCUCCUGUUAAAGGGGAUGUUGUUAAUACUACCAUUGGGACGGCCACUCUGGAAUAUAAUCAGAAUAAGGCCAAGGUGGUGGAAAAAUGUUCAUCUGAGAAGAUUGUUGGAGUGGUUACUGUGCAUAAGGUUAAGAAAUGUCCCUCUACACCAAGCAUCUUCUUCAUAGGAGGUGCGGAGACAGAAGCAGAAGAGGUGAUAGAUGAUGAUGAUGAUGAAGAGGAGGUUGCGGGCAUUAGUGGGCAGGAGCUAUUCAAUAAAGCUGAGACAUUUAUUGGCAACUUCUAUAAACAGUUGAAGAUGCAGAGAGAGGAGUCAUGGAAGAAAAUUCAUGGGCUUUAUCACAAAGCCUUUUGA